UUAAUAUUUAUUUUAUGUAAGAUACAUAUUUGCGCAAGGACACAAUUUCCAUGGGUGAGUAUAAACUGCCACUCUUCACCCUUGUUCAGAUAUUACCAACGACACAUGUGGUCAAUUUGCUUAUUUAGCGAACCUAUUGUAUGCAAUGGGAUCAAGUAAAUUUCAAAAUUUUGGGUGGAAAUAUUGUGCAUUGGUAUGUAUUCUUCUCUUAAUUUCUGUGAAUUCGGAAAAGGAUGAAACUAUUCUGUCCCUGUCGGAAAAACUGGCACUUGACAAAUUUAGAUUAUUGAUCUGGAAUAACCUACCGGCCACAUGGUUUCGACAAGAUUUGAAUUUGAUUAGAUAUUUACGGGCGGCGCAGCUCGACGUAAAACUGGCGGAGGAAAACAUUCUUGAGACCUUGGAAUGGCGAAUACAAAACAAAAUUGAUACCAUUCUUGAAGAAGACUUUUCCUAUGAGUACCACCUCCUUCCAUUCUCCAUGGAUACUAGUGACAAGAAAGGACGACCAAUUCUUAGCUUUUCUCUCUCCGAGUGGAACAUGGCCGCGCUAGUGGACAAACCGGAUAGGUUUUUUCGCGCCUUGGACUCAUGUUUUGAACGAAUGAGAGUUACAAUCCAACAAAGGAUGGACAAUGGAAGUAACUUUACACAGGGGAUUCUUCUUAUUAAUGGGGCAAAUUUGGUGUCCACGGCCACAGCAUGUCCUCAAUGUGUAGCACUCUUUACGGCGCACAUCCAAUACCAGAAACACUACAAGUAUAUGAUGUACCGAGUAAUUGUGGUUAAUAUUCCCUCUGGAGUGGACGCCGCUACACGACUCGUCCGACCCGUUACCCCGCCAGAAAUCAAGAUUCGGUUUCCAAUGUUCGGAACAAAUAAGAGGGAAUGGAAGAAGUAUUUAUUGACUUUGAUCGACGAAGAUCAGCUUUAUUCGGAAUUUGGGGGAAAGAAAUUCCACUAAAUUAUUUGGUUUCGGUGUAUCAAAUCUAUAAUCUCCAAUUUCUUAGCGGAAUCGGCUCAUACAGUUAAUUCUGAAUAAUUUCGAUAUAGUUUUUUUCUCAGAAAAAAGAGAUACAUAUGAGGCUUCAGAGUUAAAAAUAUUCAUAGCUACAUUUAUUUAGGUAUGUAUAUGCAUUUAUAAAUACAGAAAUGCCUACGUAAAUACGUAAGUAUCUUCAAAUAUACCACGACGGAGGACACGGGAGGAUCAAUUUCAUGACGGUUUUUCUGCCCAACAACCUCACAUAUGUAUAUUUGUGCAUGUAUACAUUUGCAUGUAUGUAAGUGUUACAUAAUGCUCAACCAUGUAAAAUUAAAUACCAUUUACUAUUAAGUACAUAGAUACGUACGACGGAUACCGAAUUGGUCUCACAAAUGCGCAAUAAAGUAGUAAUGUACUUUCAUGUACAAGUACUACAUACAUGGUUUUAGUCAACUGGGGUGCACAAACCACGUGGUAUUUUUGCAGGUUUUAUUUGCUAAGACUUUUUUUUAUUGAUAAACUAGCUAAUAAGCCCGCCUUCGCCGGGCGAUAAAUUUCAAACUUUGAAUGCCUGUCCGCAACGGGAGUAAAAUAAGUUAAGAUAAUUUGCGUAAUUAGCUAGAAAGAAUUAUGAUAGUGAUUGGUGGUGGUAAUCGGGAAGUGUUAAAAUUGGCGCAUGUUCAAAGGAACUUUUAUACUCUCCCAUUACAUAACUGUACCAUCCUAGUAAACGCACCAACCCAGUAAACCCACCAGCCCAGCAAACCCUUCAGCAAGUAAAGUCAUCACCCCAGGAAACGCACCAGUCCUAAACCCUCAGCCCAGUAAACGCACCAGUCCUAAACCCUCAGCCCAGUAAACGCACCAGUCCUAAACCCUCAGCCCAGUAAACGCACCAGCCAACCCAUUAGCCCAUAAAACGCUACAGUCUAGUAAUCGUAGCAGCCCAAUAAUUGCAGCAACGCCACCAACCUGUCGUCAUAUUGAAAUGCCGGUCGUAUACCUAGACGACUUAUUACUGCAUUUCAAGUCGUUUUUUGAAAUACGUCUUGUCGUGGCAUCUUUAACUUGAAAUGCAAGACGACUGGCAAGCCCAUUUACUAUUGCAUUGAAGUCGAUUCUUGCAAUACAUCUUAUCUUCCCCUGCUUAACUUGAAUUGCAAGAGCAUAUGCAAGAUGACUUGAAAUGCAAUUGCACCUCAUCCUGCACCUCAUCUUGCACUUCGACUUGAACCUACGAAGUGCAAGAAUCGAAGUGCAAGAUGAGGUGAAAUGCAAUUGCACCUCAUCUUGCACUUCAUCUUGCACUUCAACUUGAAACUACGAAGUGCAAGAGCAUAUAUAUGCAAGAGCUUGAUAACCAAUUUUCGGAUAACACCUUUAACCAACCAAGAUAACCAGAAUAACCACCCAUAGAUAUCUACCUACCAAGAUAACCAUCGAUCAAGAUAACCCCCACCAAGAUAACCUUCCAUCAAGAUAACCACCCACCAAGAUAAUCAUCCAUCAAGAUAAACACCCACCAAGAUAACCUUCCAUCAAGAUAACCACCCACCAAGAUAAUCAUCCAUCAAGGUAACCACCCACCAAGAUAACCAUCCAUCAAGAUAACCACCCACCAAGAUAACCAUCCAUCAAGAUAACCAUCCACCAAGAUAACCACCUUCUGGUAACUCCACCCACAGAUAACUUCCCCCAAAUUAAGAUAAUCGCGCACAUCAAAGAUAACCACUCACGUACGCCCACCCUUAGAGAAUCACACAAAGACGACUACCUUCAGAUAACCACCAUUAGAUAAUCACCCUUUGAAAACCAUACGACACACCCCUCCCCCAACUUUUGAAACAUGUUUUGUACUUGCUUUAUUUUGAAUUUUCGCGCAUUUGAAACUUGACUUUCCCUGCUUUCACUUCCGUCACGGACAAACUUCCGUCACAGACAGAUUUACUUUCACUUCCGUUGCCGACAGAAAUUCUCGCUUAUAAUAUAGAUAUAUUUGUUUAUAACAAAAAAUCUGCUUUAUAUGGGACAGAGUGUAUGUAUUAAAAUUUUCAAGAUUCUCCCGAUCAACUCGGUUUCAAUGGGACGUAAAUCAUGCUACUACACUAUUUAUCAAUCUUGAAUUAAUUAGUGCUGUUUUUAUAAUCAUUUACGGUUUAGUAUUCCACGUAGUCGUAAUUAUAUAAUAUUUAGGUGUGUAUAUGCAGUCGAGUGAAAUGGACAGACUUUAAUACUUGUAUAUGUUGAAAAGGUAAAUUGUAGAUAAAUAUAUGCGUACAUAUUUAUACCGAGUGGAAGAAUUAGUAGAUAUGUAAGCUCGUUAUAUAAUAUAUGCAUUUAUGAUGCGAUUAAUGGUAGUCGAUCUUCAGACACAACGAACUCGUCAAUUAAAGCUUUGUACACAUACUUAUUUACAUAUGCUGAAUAACGUACAUAAGUUGCAUGAUGCAACAAAACCAUUACCAGGCUUUGUGCCACUGGGUACGCUGAAAACUUGACACUAUUUAAACCAGCAAUUUUCCUUGGUCAGUCUCAGUCGUAAAUUUAUCACUGGACUUGCAGGUGUCUCACUAUCGUUAAAAUGGAAGGCCCUAUUUUUGACAUGGUUAACUUACUCGGGACCACAUUCUGUGACCCGGACACUCCCGGUUUCGACAAGGUCGUUGAUAGGUCAUCCGACGCCAAAAUAAUCCACGCCACCGCACCAACGGUAAACGACCUGACUUACGCCCUUCAAAAAAUGGCACUACUCCAAGAAUCCGAUUUGACCUCGUUAUCAAAAUCUGGUUUAACCAUCGCUUUCAACGAUACCGCCGAGUAUCGAAAAUGUGUCCUUUACUCCAGUAAAUCUGACCUUGUCGACACCCUCGACAAAAUAACUCCUCCCAUGGCCCGGAUUCCAUCCAAGCCCCCAAAACUAUGCUGCAUCGUGACCUGCCAGGGUACCCACUAUCCCACAAUGGGACGCCAAGUAUACCGCGCCAGUACCGUUUUUCGCCAUCAUUUCGAUUUCUGUGCCGCUCUGGUAAAAUCUGAAUACGCCAUCGACAUCAAGGCCUUCCUUCUGGAGGAAGUUGACGAAAAUGUCGUCCCGGACUGGAUGAAGUCGCCGGUCAACUUUCUCCCCUACCUGCUCGCCCUGCAGUUCGCCCUCUUCAAACUUUGGGAAUCAUGGGGGAUUAAACCCGAUUAUGUUCUUGGUCUAAGUUUUGGCGAAUACGGCGCUGCCGCAAUGGCAGGAAUGAUCACGAUUGAAGAGUCGUUUCGCCUCGUCAUGACGCGUGUGCGACUAAUGACUGAUCACAUUCAAGAGCAAGCCUUCUGCGUGGGGAUGAUGGAUCAAAAGAGAUUUGAAGAAAUUGUGGCUGAGGCGAGGAAGGAUGAAGGAAUGGAGGAUAUUUGGUUUAAAAUUGUCGCUAGAAAUUCACCCAAGCAGACCUGUGUCCUAAGCGAAGCUAAGUAUACCGAAAAGUUGAUAGAAACUUGUAAAAAACACGGCAUCAAGACCAUUACUUACCCGUAUCAUCCGUACCACUCCUCUCUCACGUUGCCGAUCAUACCAGAAUUUUCCAAAACCACAUCCGCUAUCAACUAUCAACCCGCCAAGUGCAAAUACAUCUCCACCGUGACCGGAAAAAUGUGGGAGAAACUGGACAAACAAUAUUUCCUCGACCACUUGACGGGAACAGCGGAAUUUAUUUUGGCCGUUGAAACCGCCGUGGGAGAGGGGAUCACACAUUUCAUGGAAAUUGGACCACACCCCAUUCACAUCCAAAUGGCGAAAGAUAUUUUAUCCAGCAACGAUCCACUGGCGAGCGGGAAAUACAGUUUCUACACGUCCCUAAAAAAGAAGGUGGGUGAUAGGGUCGCCCUGCUGAAUAAUUUGGGUCGUUUGUAUUCCGCCGGAUAUGAAGUUGAUUGGGAAGAGGUUGAGAAAUUUCAAUCGCAGGAUUUAGCAAUUUAAUGGUGCAACUAAUUCGAGAUACAUGGUCAUUGUUUAUGCUAAUGUACAUACGCCAAUGUAUCUACAUACGUAUAAAUCUUCACAAUGUCUACUUGAAUCGAGAACUGUUUGAAAAUGUAACAAAAAUUCUUAGAAAAACGGCUUUACUGAUCUUUGUAACACACAUCAAGAAAGAUUUUUAGUCGUAAAGGUGUGCGAAAUGUCAUAUUCUGGGACCAAUGGAUGCUACUUUUGGGGGAACAAAUUAGUUACUUUAAAGAAUUGGUGAGACACUGUAGCGGCAUUCAUAAAUACCUUGGAGAAAUAGGGAUUUUACUGAAUUGUGGUUUUAGUUGCAUAUCUACAUAUUUUUCAAUUUACACCAUUAAAUUUUCCAGGGCCUAUUUAGUUUGGGAAUUAUGCUUAUUAAAUUUACCGAAAUUUUCGAAUUUAUUUGGUACACAAAUUUCAUGAAUAUUUAACUGAGAAUAUCUCGGGCGUCAAAAUCGGUAAAAUUGUUCUGCGGUCUUCGUUGGACCAAGGUAAUUCUUGAUGUGAUGACUUUAAGAAUCAGGAAAUUUAUACAAACAUUUAUAAAACCAUGAAACAAAUUGGUACAUAAUUUAUGUUAAAGUCACCACUUUAAAAAUAUAUAGAAAUUUUAAAGUAAAGAAUGUAUCGAACAUGACGGGAUCAUAGUAAAAACAACUCAUGCAGCAA